UUCGGGAACACUGGUCACACGUUCCGAUGGGGUGGAGUGAGUCCUGGGUAACCCUUUUUCUCAUUGGUUACUGUCGGAAAUGAAAUAAUCAGGUGGCCGAUCCCUCGCUUUGUGUGCGUGCUCCCCGCCCGGGACACGCGCCUCUCGGAGAGCGAUAGAUCUUUCGAAAAGUGGUCGAUUGCACUCAAGAAGUGGUGCACGUCCAAGAGCCCCGCGAAGGACGUGAAGAACCCCAACCAGAAGACCAGCAUCCUCGGCUUGAAGAAGCCCCUGCUUACAAGGCUCGUGACGCGAGAACUCCGCCUAUUCUUCCUCUGUGGCCAAGACAAGAGCCUGGCCGAGUGUGGGCCCGAUGGGCAAGGGUACAAGUAGGGUGAAGGAGUUUUUAGAUUGGGUGGGGAAAGUGGCACCGGCCGCGAAGAUUGGACUGACCCUCGCUUCAAUCGCGUUGAAGGUGUGCACCGGUCUGGCAGUGUCUGCCGACACAUUCGAGGCGGCGUUCGGGACAUCAGAGGACUUGUCCGCGUUCGUACAGGACGCACUGUCCGCGGGCAUCGAGGGGAUGACGAGCAAGGCCGGCAACAGGCUUGAAAGGCUUCAAAACAGUGGACCGUCGGAACGGCUACCCCACGCUGGUGUGCGCGGUGACGGAGCGCAAAAGCCUACCCCUUUGGAAGGGUUUGACUACGACAAGCUUAAGGAGGUGGUCAAGAGCUUCGAGGUGGACAGGACGCAGGGAGAUGGUACUCGUUACCCCAGCUUCGACACCACCAUGAAAAUCGUGGACAGGCACGGAGGUGGCGUGGAGUGGGCAUGGGUCAGGAACGGACACAUCGACAAGUUCGCUGGUGAAAGCUAGCGUCGAGUUGGCGCCACGGUACCUGAAGGUUCGCCAAGUAGGAACAUGCUUCAACCUUCGAGCAUGUCGCGCCGUUUCGUGGGGCUUGGCCAGGACAGCGUAUCGAUGCGUUUGUUGGGAGAAUGGUGGUAUCGUUUUGUGGAGGUGAACUCCUGGUGCGAGCGUGGGGCUAUAAAUUUGUUGUGGUUCCCUGCCCUGAGAUGGUGUCCUCCGGACCACGUGUUUGCUACAGUACGUAUGUAUUUUUUUGGGUAGGGCCGUUUCAACCUGUAGUUUUUUUUCGAAAGGAGACCAUUCGCAAUCCGUGCGGGUUUGAAGAGAGUCCGGUACCAGGUGUUGUUAACGGUCAAGUACGUGAUGCGCCGGAAUCACGCAAAAAAAUGGCUGUUUUUUUCGCACCCCUCGGUAAACACAGUGUACCGAGCUACUGAUCAAGGAUUGGGAAGCAUCUGGUAGUAGUUGUCGAGAGAGAGGGUAACAAAAGGAUCCUUGUGCGCUCCCCGUCAGCAUCGCUACGUUCUUGGAGCACGCCAUGUCUUACUACUUUUUGAUUUACCGCUAUAUGAGAGGCAGUAUUCAGCAGCAGCUCGAUUCUAGAAACGUGUAGCUAACCGCCAGCAUUUGUUGAGCACCACCUCCAAAGCGAACGGGCCAGUCAGUAGUGGACUAAUGGAGGCGUGGCAGAGAAGAAGCAUUUCGUCAGCAGGUAGGACGCCUACAACAUGGUGGGGUUGGGGUGCUUGUUGUAUUGCCAGCAGCG